AUGAGUUGUGGCUGCUUUGGAGCCUCAACUCUCAAGAAGAAAAGGAAUCCUUCUCAUACUCCUAAUGAGAUUGAUGGCUUUCCACUUGAUAAUGUGAAGAACUUUUCUGAUAAAGACCUGAGACUGGCCACUGAUAACUAUAAUCCAAGCAAAAAGCUAGGACGAGGAGGUUUUGGAACUGUUUACCAGGGAACCUUAAAAAAUGGAAGACAGGUAGCAGUUAAGACACUUUCAGCUGGGUCAAAGCAGGGGGUUCGUGAAUUUUUAUCUGAAAUUAAAACUAUAUCAAAUGUUAGGCAUCCAAACCUUGUUGAAUUGGUUGGUUGCUGUGUUCAAGAAACUAAUCGCAUAUUAGUGUAUGAAUAUGUGGAAAAUAACAGCCUUGAUCGUGCAUUACUUGGUUCAAGAGGUUCAAAUAUCAGAUUAGACUGGAGAAAAAGAUCUGCUAUUUGCAUGGGUACCGCUAGAGGUCUUGCAUUUCUUCACGAAGAACUUGUGCCACACAUUGUGCAUAGAGACAUCAAGGCAAGCAACAUACUACUUGACAGAGAUUUCAACCCAAAAAUAGGAGAUUUCGGGUUGGCUAAAUUAUUUCCAGAUGACAUCACACACAUUAGCACAAGGAUUGCUGGAACAACUGGUUACUUAGCACCAGAAUAUGCAAUGGGUGGCCAGUUAACCUUGAAGGCUGAUGUAUACAGUUUUGGGGUUCUUAUACUUGAAAUAAUCAGUGGCAAAAGCAGUGCAAGGACAAACUGGGGAGGUUCUAACAAAUUUCUCUUGGAAUGGGCCUGGCAACUGUAUGAAGAGGGGAGACUGUUGGAGCUUGUGGAUCCAGACAUGGUUGAGUUCCCUGAGGAAGAGGUAAUUAGGUACAUGAAGGUUGCUUUUUUCUGCACACAAGCAGCAGCAAGUAGAAGGCCAAUGAUGUCCCAAGUUGUGGAUAUGCUGUCCAAGAACAUAAGGCUGAAUGAAAAGCUAAUAACAGCACCAGGGUUUUUCCAGGAUCCUGGAGCAUCCUCUCAAAAAAAGUCAUCCUAUGGAUCCACAAGCUAUCAAUUUAGCUCUAACCCUUCCAGUAUUACUCAGUUGGCCCCACGGUGA